GGGGCGGAGAGAGUGGCGGACCAACAGUGAGAGGACAAGACUUUGACUUUAAAAUGUUGCAAAGGAAGAGACAACAGGCGGAGAUGAGACGAACUCAACGCGAGUGCGAUCUCAGAGAAAACCACCCCUUUUUUGAUACACCACUACUUCUUGUGGGCAGAGAAUCUAAAUUCAGACUUUGCUGUCAAAGCAUUACAAGUGCUAAAUACGACCCAAAGAGCAGAGACCCCAUUACUGGCAAAGAGCGCAAAGUGAGAUACAAAGGCGCUCACGAAUUGCUAGGUUUAGUACCAUAUUGUGAUUGGCUUAUGAUUAUUGUCACCACUGCUUCGUGCGCUUCCAUGAUGUUUGAGACGGGAACACAACGCGUAGACAAUACACCGGCACUGAGGGUCGCUGAGUAUACAUUUGUCAUUGCAAUGGCUAUCGAGCUUUUGCUCAAGACAUUGGCCGACGGUUUGCUAUUCACACCGAACGCACUGUUGGCACACGUGGCGGGGAUUAUGGACUUCUUUAUAUUUGGGGUGUCAUUAGUGUUCAUAAUAGUGAUGCCAUCCCACGUCCCGCCGCAGUCUCUCAUACAAACUCUAUUAGUUUUACGAUGCGUUCGUCCGCUCAGAAUCUUCUCAUUAGUACCUCAUAUGCGGAAAGUUGUCUAUGAAUUGUGUCGAGGCUUUAAGGAAAUUGCUUUGGUAUCAGUUCUGCUAAUUGUGUUGCUCUUUGUGUUCGCAUCGGUUGGAGUGCAUAUGUUUGGCGGACUACUGGCCCGAUGUAAUGAUCCCAUCAUCACUAAAAGGGAAGACUGUGUGGGAGUAUUCAAAAGAUCAGUUCAUGUGACGAGAAUGAAGUUAGAAAAUCAUAACGAGUCUAUGCCUGUUAUUCUUGUUCCCAGAGUUUGUAAA